GUGAAGGAAGGAGAUCUGAUAACACUGUUGAAUGUAUUCACUGCUUAUGUCAAACAAGGUGAAUCAAAGCAGUGGUGUGUCAAGAACUUCCUCAAUCAUCGUGCACUCCGGAGAGCAUCUGAAAUCCGGGGAAGAAUGGAGAAACUAAUAGCUAAUUUUGAAAUUCCUCUAAAAUCAUGUGAAGGUGGUGUCGAUGCAGUGUGCAAAUGUAUCACAGCUGGCAUGUUUCCAAAUGCUGCUUUCCUCCAUCAUUCUGGAUCAUACAAAACUGUGCGAGGACAACAAACCCUGCAUAUCCAUCCAUCAUCUAUGCUCUACAAAGAAAGUCAACCACAAUGGGUGCUGUUUCACGAGGUGCUACACACAUCUCGGGUAUUCAUGAGGGACCUUACUGUCAUUGAUCCUGCUUGGUUAUUAGAACUAGCCCCUCAUUUUUAUGAGAAGGCAACUUUAAGGAAUCAAUAAAUUUUUAACUUCAAAUAAACUUGUUUACCAAUUUCUAACCCUAACCAUGCUGUCCACCUGUAAAAAGCAUCAUAUUCUGAACCUUUACCAUGGACAGUUUUGAUCUUUAAUGUUUGUAGACCUCAAAUCUAAUCCAGAAGUCUCAUGCUGGUAUAUCACAUAGUUAACUCCAUCUAUGGAUCAGGUGGGGAUCACAUCAUGGCUGACUUGGUUGGGGCUCCAGGUUAUGUGUAAUUCACAUCACAGCCAACUUUGAUGUAGCUCCGGGCUAUGGGUCGUUCACAUCCUGUUACAAUUAUGCUUGCAUUGCAUUUUAUGCUGUUCUUCAUAAUGAACCCUCAUGCCCACACCACAUACCCUGCAGCUCUGCUUGAGUGAGAAUGGGUUGUGUAAUGCUAUGAUUGGCUUUUGUUUUGUAUAAAGGGCAAAUUUUAGCACACACAUUUUUCACCUGUGUGGAAGAUACCACGCACAAAAAUUUGAUGCUCUCUUACAAUUCAUGUGAACCCGUAACUGCUUACACAGUCUUUUGGCACUGCCAUUGUGACUGUCUUGAAGUAUGACACAAAUAAGGGAAGUACUGUAGCUAUUGGGCAGCAGCCUUGUUAUCCCUGCAUACAAUCUUGUAUUUCAUACAUAUAAGAUUUGCAAAAAUGAGUGAUUUUUCAAAAAUCUCAUCCUUCAAUAAAAUCACAUUUGAUAAUGUAAACAGUGUAAUAUAUAACAUACCUUAUAUAUUACAAUGAACUCUGUGCAUGAUGUGGCUAAUACAGCUUUAAUCUAGCAACUAAUAUGCAUAUCAUGCCUCUAUGAAUGUGCAAAAACAUUGAAAUCAUAUUUUGCAUACAAGACACAGUGUGUCUGAAAAAUGCCCCACAGGCAAGCCAAAUUGGCAGCGCAUACUACCUAGAGCGGAGGACAAAUGAACCCAUAUUCUGCCAGAGGCAAUGGGUUAAUAAGCAGUGGAGUAUCAAUAUUGAAAAAAAGUUACCACUACUGUAGAAGAUAUUGAGGAGAGAUAGACAGACAGACAGCAAUAAAGCAGUAAAUCCUCUAUCUGUAUGCAUAAGGGUGCAUCCACAACAGCUGGAGACAUUGUGGGAGACACAAUAGGAGACAUUCGGAUACAAAUCUCCUGAUAUAUAUGGGAACACAUCUGUUGCAAUUUUGAGAGACAUAUCAGCAAUAAGAGUUGAGUUGGUGAAACUGUCCACACCAUAUUGGUCUGUUGGUUAGUGGGAGGUCUCUGACAACAUCACCUCAUCCACACCAAGACUGCUAACAUGUCACCCAACAAAAUUCCGUAUCAACAUGUCUACUGCGAUGUUCCUCAAUGACUUACCAACUUGUUAACCCAACUUGUCAGUCAAUGUUCCCACUGUGUUUUGUCACUGGUGUUGAUGCACCCUAAGACAGUAGUAAAAGCAGAUAUGUAAAAUCUAAUAUUGUAGGAGGGGCACAAGGGGUUGUCUGUAUGUAUGUCAUCAUUAUAAUUAUUAUUUCAUACUUUCAUUCACACAAUAAAGGCGGGAAACUGUAGGAGGAAUUUGUACUGAUUCAGGGACACAAGGGUGCACAAUGGGUAUGGGGGAAUGUGUAUUGUGUAUAUGCUAUACACUGAGAAUUUCUUUAUUUUUACUUACUUUACUUUUUCACUGUGGGACCAUGAAAUAUUUCUGUGAUUCUGUUCUGAUUGUGAUGGAAGGUGUUUGGGAAUGGGAGUAGGUUUUGGGGAGAAAUAAGAGAAACUUACCAGAGUCAGAAUUACUUCCAGACAUUCCCAAUCACUCUGACAGCAAAAAGAGUUUCAAAACUAAUAUAAUACAUAAUAACUAAAUGAAGGUGCAGCCCACCAGCACAAUUGGAUUAAGUAUCAAAGUACAAAUAUAGUCAUUCAAGUACUGUAGGACUUUAAAGGUUAAACCCAGACUGUUAUAGUAAUAUAGUCAGUGCAGUAUCAUAAACCUUUUCUGUAGACUGCAUGUGUUAAUAUCAACCCAACAGUUACAUUUUAACAGGAAGGAAGCAAAACUAGCACUACUGCAAUUUAGACUUUAUUAAUAAACAAGUAUAAGCAAUCAUGGAACAGAAACUGACAACACAAUUGUACAAAACAUACCCACUCAAUACAAUUGAGACAGCUUUGUUGUGACUAUAACAUGAGACUAGUUAGUUAAUUACCUUCUGAAGGUUACAAUUAACUGUCACCUAACAGAAUAUCAUUAAAAACUAGACUGUUCUGCCCUCCUUCAUUAAUCUGAAUUAGCAAAAUACAUUGUCAUGUAUUGUCUUCCAACAACAGAAGUGAAAAUGUUCCAAGGCAAGCUACUC